UCGCUACCAACGCAAAACGGAACCUUUCACUUUUGCUGCAUAUAAAAUUUUCAACUUAAAAGUAGGAAAAUGGCGGAUAAAAAUGCUAACUCUUCUUCUAAGUCUGCAAGUCCUGUUCCAGCGUUCAAUAUCAAAGAUCUGAAUGUGGAAAAGAUUAAAGCACUCGUUAUGAAAAACCCCCUUGCGUUCGGGCUGGUUGGAGUAUUCUCCUUGUACCUGAUCUUCGGUUAUGGAGCUGAUUUGAUUGUGACAGUCCUUGGAUUCGCUUAUCCCGCAUAUCAAUCAGUUAAAGCCGUCGAGAGCGUUCAAAAAGAUGACGAUACGCAAUGGCUGAUUUACUGGGUCGUCUUCGCUUCUUUCAACAUUGUCGAAUUCUUCUCCGAUAUUCUUCUAAGCUGGUUCCCAUUGUAUUUCUUGACUAAGCUGAUCUUCCUCGGCUGGUGCAUGGCUCCUGUCUCGUGGAAUGGAUCCGACACUCUGUACCAAAAGGUGAUCAAGCCAUUUGUCCUCCGGCAUCAGAGCCAGAUUGACAGCACCCUGGAAAAAGUGGGCGAAAAGAUGGACAAAUAUGCCAAAGAAGCCAAAGAGGCAGCAACCGAGGCCGCCAUCAGAGCUGCCACGGAGAGUGGGGAUAAGAAGGAUGACUAAGAUGAUCUUCUACAAAAUAAGGGUUAAGAUGCCUCCUUUGUCCUUUUUCAUCAAUCAUGAACAGCACGAAAUAAUGGAACCGUUUUUCAUUGGUAAUUUAUAGCAGCAGAUGAGAUACUUGUCAUAUUACUAGAAUGGAACUGGAACAUUUGACACCUCAACUCCCCUAGUCCCAAGUGAUGGGUCUUUGUGGGUACACCAGAAUUGCCUAUUGCUACAAACUUCACAUAAUAGGGUCCUUCAGGUUUACAACGGUGUUGGGAUGAAGACAGCGCACACUCAAGAUUUCAGUAUGCGCUACCACAAUUUUCCUUUAGCGUGUGAAAAAAUAUUGCAUGUGGGCUGUCGUUGUCCUGCGUAAAUCUUAAGGUUAUAACUGUUGUUUCAUAACAUUGUUAUUGUUACCACUGCUAGAGAUAUAUAUUCAUCCAGUCACUAAUUAGAUGACAUUAAAUGCUUUGGAACCAGGGUAAUGUUUGUAUCCCAUGCCUAUAAGUUUCCGAAAGCGAACUUUUUACCUUUAUACAAUUUCCUAAUAUUCCACUUUCUUAUUAUCCAACUUGACUUUGAGAAAUCCAACAUUCUGUGAGGAACGUUUGAAUAGAUUGUGCAUUUUCUUGACCAACAAACUGUAUACUCUAUUCUCAAACUAUUUGGCACAUCUUGUAAUAAUCGUGGGCAUUUUUAAGUUGUAGUUUUUGUAAUCACUUGAUAGUGCAAUUGUUUAUACUAUUAAUAUAAGAUUGUAGAGUUUGCUUCAUUGUCUAUAAUUUGGUAAUGCACAAAACCAAGUGUUUUGAGAUUCACUAGAUAAGGUUUGUGUUUGUAUCAGUACAUUUAACAAUAUAAACAACACUUAAUAUGUGGACGUACAGUAAAAGUAUUUUUGAAUAUGUUUGGUAACUCCGCUUUUCGCUGUUACACGUGGUAUAUAUUUUUCAAGAGUUUGUAAUAUAUAUCAAAACCCUUUCUAGACCAACAAGUAUUGUACUUUGUGGCAUUCUUCAAAUAAAUGCUGUUUACAUUGGU